AUGCCAUUGGUCGGCGCCGGUACUUGGCAGUACAAUGAUACGAUUGCCUAUCAAUCCGUGUGUAAGGCACUUCAAGCCGGCUAUACGAUGAUUGACACGGCGUGGGGCUACAAGAAUCAAGUAGGUGUUGGACUUGCCAUUAAAGAUUGUUGGCAAGGACGACGCGAGGAUUUGUUUGUCUUGACCAAGGUCCCCGGUGGAUUGACACCCGGUGAAACCACGGCCAUGCACUACCAAAACUUGUGGGAACUCCAAUUGGACUAUGUGGAUCAUCUCAUGGUACAUUUCCCCAGUGAUUGGGAACAAGAACACACGGGCAAGCAGCAACGACAAGACGAAUGGAAAGCUCUGGAAGAAUUGUAUCACAGCGACAAGACGCGGUCUAUUGGGAUCAGUCACUAUUGCGCGCAACACAUUGACGAUAUUUUGGAAAUUGCCAAAAUUAAACCCACGCUUAAUCAAGUUGAGUAUCACGUGGGAGCCAAGGGCGUCGAUAACAACGUCAUGCACAAGUGUGCCCAAGAAGGCAUUCUGUUCAUGAGUUUUUCACCCCUCUGUGGACCCUGUCAACUGGAUAGUCCCGACGAUUCCCUCGUGACGGGCAAACUUGUGACGGAAAUUGCCUCCCAUUAUCCAAACAAGACGGGUGCCCAAGUUGCUCUUCGAUUCAUUGUCCAGCAAGCACUCGAUCGACCCAUGGUGGCCGGUGUCAUUCCCAAAAGCAACAAUGCCCAACAUAUCGCUCAGAAUAUGGACAUUUUCGACUUUGAAUUGACCCAAGACGACAUGGCUCUGCUCACUGCGGCACAAAAACCAAAGCCAGAACCAGGAGAUUGUGCGGUUCCGUAG